AUGUACAGCAUCGGCAACCAGGGCAAAAUCAUGCGCAAACUGCUAGGCAAGCCGACCGUCGACUCCGCCCACGAUGUGCAUACCCCGGGUGCCGCGGUCACCAGCUCGCCGAUAACUCCACACUACCGCCCGACCGUGUCGCAAGAUGUCAUCCACGAGGCAGGCGUGCCCAUUGCUUGCUUGGAUCGCUCACCCGAUGGCCGCUCGGCGGUGCUCGCGGGACGCCAUGUGCUCAAGACGGUCAAUCUCGACGGACUUGAUGUCACCGAGGGCAUCGACCUGCGUGCCUUGAUCAUCGCCCAACCGUCCCAGCGCAACAGCAUGCCGACGUCGGUUGCGGACCAACUCUCGGUGAAAGCCGUCAAGUGGGGAGAGCCGCAGGGCAAGCAGGUCAUCUUCACGGCCGGGACCAGCGGCAAGAUCUUCCACUACGAUCUGGUACGCGCGGGGGCUACAAGCCUGGGUUCGCCGGUCGACUGCGUGCAGAUCCGCGAGGACUCACGGCAGGUCAACGCGCUCGACAUCAAUCCACACCGGAACUCAUGGCUGUUGUCGGGCAGCCAGGACGGCAUCGUGCGCUGCUUUGACGUCCGACAGCCGACGCAGACGCGGGCCGGCGCCACGUUCCGGUCCAUCCAGGCGUUCAAGUGCAACGCAGACGCGGUGCAGCAUGUUGAGUGGAACCCGCGCGACGGGUUUCUCUUUGGCUGCGCCACGGAGCAAGGCUUCGUGCUCAAGUGGGACAUGCGCAAGCCCAGCGCACCCAUCCUGCGGAUCAAGGCUCACGAGAAGGCGUGCACGGCGAUGGCGUGGCACCCAGACGGCGUCCACCUGGUCAGCGGGGGUAUGGAUAACAAAUGUAGCGUCUGGGACAUGUCCAAGCAGGACAAGCGCCAGAAGCCGAAAUGGACGCUUUCGACACCCGCUCCGCCGGGUACGCUGGCUUGGAGGCCCGGACAGUGGUCGGCUACGGCUCAGGGAAAACGAGCCUCACAGCUGGCGGUCGCAUAUGAUGAGACCAGCCAGAAGCGAUACGGCAUCAAUGUGGUGCACAUCUGGGAUCUGGCCCGCCCAACGAUGCCCUACAAGGAGGUUCAGCGGUUUGACGCGUCGCCCAGCGCUAUGCUGUGGCACGACCAGUAUCUCUUGUGGACGGCCGGGCAGGACGGCGUGUUCAGUCAGUGCGACAUCUCCUUCGCGCCCAAGGUCAUUGACCGGCAGGCUGUGUCGACCAUGGCCUUUUCCCCGCGAGGUGAAGUAUUGAUGCUGCUCGACGAGCGAGCUCCUCCUCCUCGACUUCGACCGCACAACCACCACAGCCACCAUAACCAGCAUCACCCUCACCCGCAGCAUCAUUCUCAUGAACCGCAACAUCAUCAUCCUAAUCAUCCCGUGUUACACCAUGAAAGCGACGUCGCGGCUGUCACAUCCUACAGUCCGAGCCCCACAACCCCCCGCUUCAGCGUAAGCCGCAGUGACUCCGAAGAUGACGCGAUCGGGAGUUUCAUCGGGCCCAAGAUGCGUGGGGGUAGCCGGCGACGACGGCCCAGCACCCGGUCCACAGCCACCUUGAGUACCACACCCCCCGCUGGUCCUACCAUGGAGGAGGUCAUGUCUCUGGAACAGACCAUCAAGGCCACCGGGACGCACAAGCCGCAGCAGGCCAUGGCCGUCGGGCACGUUCCGGCCGCGGCCAACGUCGACCUGUACGGCUACCUCGCUGUCAACUACCUGGAGGCUCUUUAUCGGGACCUGCCCUACACUGACGGAGCCGGGACGCUCCCCGAGAGGGUGGCCGUGAUUCUCGAGCACUACGCCCGGGCGGCCGCCAGUGUGAAGCAAUACCGCCUGGCGCAGACGUGGCGCAUUCUGGCGUAUGCGGUUGACAUGCUACUGCAUAGGCGGGCACAGUACCACCUCGAUCGCCGCAUGGACCGGCAACAUGACGCGGAGAUGAAGAAGAGCGAGGCGAAAGCCAAGGCUAAGGCUAAGGCGCUGGACAAAGUGUUCCACCCCACCCCGAUCCAGCCGACUACAGCGACAUCGGUGUCGGUGAUCGGGGAAGAAACGCCCCGGAAGGUGUCCUCUUCUCUUGUCACUUUCGACAAGGCACUCCAUCCACGUUCGCUACUCGCUGAAGAGUUUGAGAGCACCUCCAACGUCCCCACUCCUGUGGCACGGCCUGUGCAGGAUAGCCCUGACGGUGUCCACGCACGACUAGAGAGGGAGCGGGGGAGAAAACUGACCCCCAUCGUUGAGCCGGAGAGCUUCACCCUGCCCCCCGCCGUACACCCAGGACCCCCACUAGCUGUGCGGAAACGCCUCGAUUCCGUACCAGUUUCCGUGGUCAGUCACGGUAGCGAAAACACGUACGCCAGUACCGAAGGAUAUGAUUUUUACGAUACUGAGGCUAUGUUAGAUGGGCCGGAUGAUGUUAUCAGUCCUCGUCCAGACCCUACCCAGGUUCACGAUUACACGGGACACGGCUCGUCGCCCGGUCUUCCUCGUCGGCCAAUACUCCGACAGGAUUCGGAGGAGAGCUAUGUCCAUCUGUUUGCCAUCACGGACGAAAGCAGGCGGUCUACAGCGCGUACCGUGUCGUCCGAGGGUAGUUUGGCUGCGGAUUCUGUACGAAUUGGUGCUCCUGGUGGCAAUACUCAACACGAUGGAGGAGAGGAAGAUGUUGAGUUUGCGAGCCGGAUCCGGGGCGAAGAGAUCCACGCUUCGCCGGAGCGAGUUCCACUUCCUCUGCCGUUCCGGGCCAUGCUCGGGAGAACGGACACCAACAUGACGAACAUGACGAGUUUCACCGAUGAACACCAUGCCAUCACGCAAACCACCACGGACAGCUUUGAGUCGCCGUACGCUUCUCAGCACGACGACGAUGCGGUUGUAGUAAGCUCGCCCUUGCUAGAAGGGGAAAGGGAACAGGAAUUGGAAGAUCGCUCUUCCUCGGACUCACCUGUCCUAUCCCCACACACCAAUGACACAUCGCCCUUCAUCGUUGAGACAGACUAUCUCUGCUGGCCCGACGAUGCCCCCUUUCCCUAUCCCAUAGACCCCGCAUCCGGCUUCUCCGCUGUGUCGUCUGUUCCACUACAGCCAUACCCGCUGAUCGCCCGUGCCCUCGCGUUUGAGGCCAAAUCUUCCGCCCUCAAUGCCUCAGCCAUUGUUCUCCUACUCAAACCGCUCCUCCCGGACGACAUCAUCGAUCACUACCAGGCCGCCGCCAUCUUGCGCCAGCACCAUGCCCGCCUGAUGAGCAUGAAGCUGUUUACCGAAGCGGCACUCCUGCGGAAGUUGUGCAUGAAGGGCUGGCCGGGCGGUACGCUAGCGGACUGGGGAGUAGACUACCCGGCGGUUUUCACCGCAGCGCAACAAGGCGUGCAGGCCAGUUUCUUCUGCACCUCUUGCCGCAAACCACGCGAGGUCGACCGAUCCGCCGCCUCAAUCGAGUCCGUCUGGCAAUGUGAGCGCUGCCGAGCCGCCAUGGCCGGAUGCGCAGUCUGCGGGGGCCGAGACGUCAUCAUCCCGUCGUCCUUCAUCCCCCUUCCAUCAUCCUCUUCCCCAUUUUCCGAAGAAUCACCCUCUUCGCCUUCCACCACCCCACCCCUCACCACCUGGUGGUACUGCCCAGGCUGCGGCCACGGCGGCCACGCUUCCUGUCUCCAAUCCUGGCACGCCACACUCGAAGCGACCGCGUCCGACUCCCACUACCCGUAUUCCCCUUCCUCUCCGCUCGAAGACCCGCCGCACGCCCUAAGCGACCCCUCUGACGGAUGCUGCCCGCUCGACGGCUGCGGCCAUGCCUGCUUGCCCAGUCGACGUGCGGAUCUCGUGUAUGUGAACACCGGCGGCGGAGAUGGCAGUCUAACACCGUUGUAUUACCGCUCUGAUGAGCCGUCGUCGGGGCGUGGGGGGUUGCGAGAAGCCACGCGGGCGGCUAUGGCUAAAGCGAAUGUGGCUGCGGCUGCUUCUGCUGCUGCUGCGACGGCGGCUGCGGAACGAGGGGUCGGUGCUGCGGCUGAGGUGGGGAGCCAUGUGCUGCCUGGGAUGGGAGAGGGGCGAUUGCUCGGAGAUGAACUGCUGCAGCAUCAGCAUGGUGCGGGACUCGGAUUCGGCGGUCCGUAUCAUCAUUAUGGAAGUGGAAGACACCCGGGUUCGGUGCGUAGUGAUGGGCAUGAUAUCCCACAGAGCAGAGCGGUGGAAACAGUGCGUGAGACACUAGGGGGUACGGUUGGGCUGGGGGUAGGAGGUGCUAGUGCUGGUGUUGGCGGUGGUCUUAGCGGGGCGAGAGUAGGCACGGGGAUAUUGAGUUCGAGUCCGGGUAGGGGAGGGAUUUUGGGGGUCGGGAAUGAGAGGGAGAGGAGGAAGAGUGUCAAGUUUGUUGCUACUGAUGAGCGGCGUUAG